GCGUCCCCCGGGCCGCGUCCGCAGGCUGAGCCCAGGCGGGCCGCGGCGAGCACCCCGCAGCUCCGCGCCCCCGCCCGGCCCGGCUCCCAACGGAAAGUUGGGCUGCGGCGGGCUGCGUUCGGGAAAGAGCGAAGCAGCAUGAGGGGGCACCGAGGGGUCGCCUAAGACACCGGGAAGGCGGCGCCGCGCGUGGGGACAACUUCGCCCCGGGCGCGCAGCCCCCGGCCGGGCUCGCGGUGGUUCCUCCCGUCCCUCGGCCUCCCCCGCCGAUCGCGACGCGGACCUUGGUCCCGGCGGCUCCGCGGCGGUGACACGAGCCCGCCUCAGCCGCCGCCUCAGUCUCCUGCCGCGCCGCCACCUUGCCCGCACCAUGGAGUUCUCGGAGAGGAAAAGAAGCAGGAAAUCCCAGAGCUUCAAACUGGUGAGCCGAGAUUAUCACCACGAGGUGUACAAAAUCUCAGAAUUCAGCAGCGAUGUUAAUGGGGAGACCAAAGAGACACAACCCAUUUUCUUAGGAGACGAAAGCAUGGAAAUUAAAAAGCAGAUCACGGGCAUGAGAAGGCUGCUGAAUGACAGCGCCGGAAGGAUCUAUCAGCGGGUCGGCAAGGAAGGGGAGAAACUGAAAGAAGAGCCGCUCGAUGUGGACGUCGCCCGGCCCCAGCGGUUGAACUCCUCCGCCGACGCCCCGCAGGGCCUCCACCCUCCAUCGCGUGGGGCGUGGACUGAACUACCAACCCCAAGCGGGCAGUUCUCAGGGCAGUCUGGUCCACGUUCUAGAACCUUCCAGAGUCAGCCCCACGCCUCUGCGAGUUCCAAUGGAGAACUUCCAGGGGUGAAUUCAAUAGUUGGAUCCAACUGCUGUACUUGCAACUGCCAGUCAACCUUGCAGGCCAUUCUCCAAGAACUCAAGACCAUGAGGAAAUUAAUGCAGUUUCAAGCAGUUGGAACUCAAAACAGACAACAACCCCCAAUUUCCCUUAUGUGCUCCCAGCGAACCGCCGUCUCACGCAAGAGAAAUAAAAAGAAAAAAGUGCUCCCGAAGGCUGUGGAAUCUAUGACGACUGUGAAACCAAAGCCCUGUCCCCUGGAAAUUGAGAAGAAGCCAGCAGCUGAGGCCACAAGGCCACCUGGUCUCCAAGCUGCAGAGCGCACUUCCACCGAGGAGAACCAAGUCUUGGGAUUUGGCAUUGUUCUGGAGUCGCCGGCCUCAGAUCCAGAAGUGCAACUUGCUGAAGGCUUCGAUGUGUUUAUGCCCAAAUCUCAGCUGGACUCUAUACUGUCAAACUACACUCGCUCAGGAAGCCUUCUCUUUAGAAAACUGGUGUGUGCGUUUUUUGACGACAAGACUUUGGCUAACUCCUUACCCAACGGGAAGAGGAAAAGAGGGCUCAAUGACAACAGGAAAGGACUAGACCAAAACAUUGUGGGUGCCAUAAAAGUCUUUACAGAAAAUUACUGUACUGCAAAUCAUGUGGAUAAACUUCCUGGCCCAAGAGACUGGGUACAAAUUCUACAGGAUCAGAUUAAACUGGCCAGAAGAAGGUUGAAGAGAGGCUCAGCAGAGGUAGCUGACUGUGAUGAAAGACUGGACGGCAUCUCUCUACCCCCAACAGGUCACACAUUUGUCACCAGGAGGGAGACCCCAGAGGACCCGGAAGCAGGUCCCAUGGCCUAGGCUUAUACUCUGGAACACUCCUCGUUUCCUUCGAGGUCCAUGUAGCAGUUGCAGAUCCUGCAGUGUGGGUGUUCUGUGGUGGCUCGUCCUGUCCGAAUAAUUUCUUUGUAACACGUGGUAUCACAACUCCAGUUUGGCAUAAUUUUUUUUAAAGAACCAUGCUUACAGUUGUUACCCUGUAAGCAUGCAGCGCGUGUGACCCACCGUAAGGAAGCCAUCCCCUUCCUGUCUCUGUCCGUUCACAGACUCGGUGUGAAGACACAGUCUUUCUAAACAUAUUUAUUUUAUUGUGACUUGCUUAGCUGCAUGCAGAGAGGAAGCCUUCUCUCCCAGGACUGACAGAGGUUACAAUGCAGCGCCAACCAGCACCUCUUCAGCUUAGAGAAGGAAACAGUUGUUCUGAGAGGCAGGAGAACUCCUACCUGGCCAGGGACGUCGUUUUUUGAUGUCAGUCCUUAGUAACCUGGAACAGACAUUUGCAACUGGAGAAGUACAAAUGAUAUACGAAUUCUUAGGAAAUAAAAUCUUUCACAUAAUUUAUGAUGAUGUAAUGACAAAAAAAAAUAAUAACUCAAAGUAACCAGCCAUCUGCUUGGGAGCCGUCAGACAUUUAAAUAUGGUUUUAACUGAGCAGCCUUGACUGUGACCGUUUUCCUGUUCAUUCUGUAGUCUGUCUGGUCCUUCACACACUUGCCUUCUAUUUUAUGUAAGACUAAAUAUGAGGGGGAAAAUGGGUUUACUUUUAAAAAAUCUUUGCUGUGGGGGUAUUUGUUUUACAGACAUAUUUGCCUCCACAUGUGUUUUGCUAAUAAAAUAGUGCAUUGAAAAUACCACCUUAGAAAACCUUGCAUUUACACCUUAUUUAUCACAUAAAGCAAAUUGUCUGAAUCUUGGACACUUGACACAAAAGCCAAAAAUAGCCGUAAAAGAAAAAAAAUGUGACUCUCAUCCACCAAACCCCAGGGAUUAAAAACCUGCCAGGACAAAGCUUGGCCUUUUCCCUACUGCUCUCGCAGGGAUGGGCCGACAGUUAGUGUGCUUCAAGGACAGAGUCCCGCCCUGUGCUUUGCUGGUGAGAGAGCUGAGAAGUGGGUAAGGUUGCCUGGGACGGGCUUACCCUCCGUGGCCGGCUAGCCAUAGAACCUGGACGUCCUUAGGACCCUGCGCCCCAGUGCACUGCGCCCCAUCACACAGAACGCGGGACACUAAAGAUAGGGCCAGAGCAGUAUUCCACGGAGACCAUAGUGAAGGUGAUAGGCGAUAUCCCCGGAAUGUGACAAAUGCCCUUCUAGGUGUUGCUCUUGCAGGCAGUCAGACUCUGGAGAGUAGACACCGACAUUCUCAGAUGCACUUUUAUUUCUCUCCAUUUGGAAACCAUGGGGACCGCUUGGCAAUCCCUCCCAUCCGUCAGCUCCGGUUCCCCGCUGGCCCUGGCCCCUUUGUUUUAUCCAACGGUCUGAUGAGCUGCAGACAGACCAGGACUCUCAUUCACUCUGCAGCAGAUCCUGAAUAAACAUUGUCUUCUGCCUCCUAGAAUGAAAUGCUCCUCCAGGGGACUGGAGAAGCUGAAUUAGUACCCUUCCCUCUACUAAAUGGUGGUGGAUUUGUUUUUAGUUCAGGGAGACUCACAACUGGAGGCCCGUUGGGUGUGCACUUAUAAACCUUCAGAAAACACUUUCUUCCAAGCCUGGGUGACAACUUGGAGUUUUCAGUACUUGAGGAGGGUAGGGAUUGUUUGACUCACAGAUAAGUGCAAUGGGUUCACAGGUUGGGAAGGCAGAUCAAAACUGUAACAGUAAGAGCAUAUUUUGUAAGUUUACAUUGUAUCUGUGUUGACUUACCGUGACCACUGUUCUGCUUUGUCUAGAACCCUUUUUAUAGGCUUUCUUAGCAAAAAAAAGUCUGUAUCUAUGAAUGAUAUGUCUCAAUCUUCUGUACAUAUGUUUUAUUAAUAUGUAAAUAUUCAGAUUUUUUAAAAUUAUGUUCUUUUAAAAGAAUUCAAUGCAAAGCUAGUUGUGAAAAUGGUGUGUAACACUCUGUUGUGAUUUCAACUCCCAAGACGCCCUUUAUGUCCAUUCUGGAAAAAUACAAUAAAUUACUUUAAUUGAA